UAAACGGUUCAGUGCAUUGCAAUGAAUUGUAAUUCAAGCCUCAUCUUUGUGCUGCUCUUGAUGCUCUGCAGCAGUCUAGCGCAGCCCCGGCCAGAUGAUCAACAGGCAGAGACGCUGCGUCUGGAUGUGGACAACAAUGGGGUGGACAAGUAUGCCUUUAGCUAUGAGACAAGCAAUGGCAUUACACGCAGUGAGGAGGGCGAGCUGAAGCCAGGAGAGGGAGAUGCCGAGGGUGUCAUAAGUGUGCAUGGCUCCACCAGCUGGACAGCGCCCGAUGGCAAGAAGUACGAAGUUAGCUUCACAGCCGACGAAACGGGAUAUCAUCCCACUGUUAAGCUAGUGCCUAGAUCAUGCCCUAUGCUCAAUAAGCUAUAUAUUGGAUUUUAUAACAAACAAAUGCAAUAA